ACAGGGACAACCCUUUCCCCUCCUGCUCUCUCUCCCUCUCUCUCCCUCUCAGUGGGAAAGCAGAUCAGUGGAGGAGAGAGAGAGCCGUGUCAUUGAGUGCCAGCAAGAAGAGAGGAGCAGUUAACUCAGACGCGCUGCGGCCUGACACACACAUGCUCUACCUUACAACAACACACAUGUACUCAUGGUUGCAUGCACAUGCACACUGACACAGCGCUAGCUGGAGUUAGUCUGAAGACAGAGGACAGGCAUCUCUGAGGACAAGAAGGGGCCCAAAGAAAGAAAGCACCACAGAGAAAAAGAGGGAAGGAGAAAGAGAGGGAGAGGAGGGGCUGCUUUGGAACUGACACAGUCCAACACCUGGUGUCCACACAGCUGGAAGAAAAACCAUGCUGGACAAGCUGUCUGAGGAGACAGAGUUGGAUGUGAGAGGCGGUGUGGUGCGGAAAGAACAAGAUCGAGAGAGGGCACGCGAGUCCACGGCCAGAGCCAGCAGUAGGAAAAGCAGCAGCGGUCCAGGGGGUGGAGGAGCAGAAGGAGAAAGCUCCAUGCAGUUCAGCACCAAACCAGCCAGCGCCGAGCCGGGCUUCAUGGGGACAUGGACACAGCAGAGCACUGACAGCAACCUCCUCUUCAGAAUGUCCCAGCAGGCCAUCCGCUGUACUCUGGUAAACUGCACAUGUGAGUGUUUCCAGCCUGGAAAAAUCCACCUCCGGACAUGUGACCAGUGCAAGCAUGGAUGGGUCGCGCAUGCUCUAGACAAGCUGAGCACACAGCAUCUCUACCACCCGACGCAGGUGGAGAUUGUACAGUCCAAUGUGGUGUUUGACAUUAGCAGUCUGAUGCUGUAUGGGACUCAGGCAGUACCUGUGAGGUUAAAGAUCCUGCUGGACCGUCUGUUCAGCGUUCUCAAACAGGAAGAGUAA